AUGAGCUCUAUUGAUGAGAAGCCUCUUUCAUGGUUCAUCAGACUGAUUCAUGAUACUUGCAUUCAUUUGAAUAAAUCUAUGUUGCUCCUCUGCUUAUUCCACUCUAAUUCUACAAUGAGCUCUAUUGAUGAGAAGCCUCUUUCAUGGUUCAUCAGACUGAUUCAUGAUACUUGCAUUCAUUUGAAUAAAUCUAUGUUGCUCCUCUGCUUAUUCCACUCUAAUUCUACAAUGAGCUCUAUUGAUGAGAAGCCUCUUUCAUGGUUCAUCAGACUGAUUCAUGAUACUUGCAUUCAUUUGAAUAAAUCUAUGUUGCUCCUCUGCUUAUUCCACUCUAAUUCUACAAUGAGCUCUAUUGAUGAGAAGCCUCUUUCAUGGUUCAUCAGACUGAUUCAUGAUACUUGCAUUCAUUUGAAUAAAUCUAUGUUGCUCCUCUGCUUAUUCCACUCUAAUUCUACAAUGAGCUCUAUUGAUGAGAAGCCUCUUUCAUGGUUCAUCAGACUGAUUCAUGAUACUUGCAUUCAUUUGAAUAAAUCUAUGUUGCUCUCUCUGCUUAUUCCACUCUAA